GUCUUCUAAGACCUGGCCUCAUUUUGGCUAACAAGCAUCCAAACGCCCAAUUCUCUUUCCCUGCUAUCACAGCUCCCGACUGAGCGAGCAAGCAACCAUGGACGUUCUCUCAAUCUCAUCGCCUACAUUCCUCCCCACCCCAACCUCCAAGCUCUCUCACUCCUCCCGCCCCAAACCAACCUCCUACUUCCCCACUUCUUCCCCCAAAACCCCCUCAAUCAAAUCUCUUUCCCUCCAAACCGUAAAACCCACUUUCGCCUCCAGGUCCCUGGCCCUCGACGGCUCGCUCCUGAUUUCCUCGGCUCCUCAGACGCCGGACACCGCCAUGAGAGGCGCCGAGGGUGACGCCAUGGGGCUUUUGCUCAGGGAGAGGAUUGUAUUCUUGGGUAGUAGCAUUGACGACUUUGUGGCCGACGCUAUUAUUAGCCAGCUGCUUUUGUUGGAUGCCCAGGAUUCUAAGAAGGAUAUCAAGCUCUUCAUUAACUCCACCGGCGGCUCCCUCAGUGCUACAAUGGCUAUCUACGACGUUGUUCAGCUCGUGAGGGCUGAUGUCUCCACAGUGGCACUGGGCAUUGCAGCAUCAACAGCGUCCAUAAUCCUUGGCGGUGGAACCAAAGGCAAGCGUUUUGCAAUGCCGAAUACACGCAUCAUGAUUCAUCAACCUCUUGGAGGUGCUAGUGGGCAGGCAAUAGAUGUGGAAAUUCAAGCCCGAGAAGUGAUGCAUAACAAAAACAAUGUUACACAAAUUCUUUCAAAUUCCACUGGUCGCUCAUUUGUGCAAGUCCAAAAGGACAUUGACAGGGAUCGGUAUAUGUCCCCCAUAGAAGCAGUUGAAUAUGGAAUAAUCGAUGGAGUAAUUGACGGAGAUAGCAUUAUUCCUCUGGUGCCUGUCCCAGACAAGGUGAAGCCGCGAAUGAGUUACGAGGAAAUUAGUAAAGAUCCAAGAAAAUUUUUGACACCAGACGUCCCUGACGACGAGAUAUACUAGUUUUGGGUUGGCCAUAUGUUUGAGAUUGAGAGGUACAUGAUUCAGAUAGCUAAUCAUCACUAUUGCUUUCUUUUCUUGAAUGCAUGCCGUGAGCUUGUGUGUUUUCUUCAGCUGGCUUUUGUUCUCAUGGCAUUUGUAAUUGUCUUAAUAUUCUUCUAAUCAUGCAUUCAAAUGCUUUCUGAGAAA